UUGUAGAUAUAUUGUCACACAGAAAAGCCACAGGCUUGCAAAGUUUUGCAGGGCGUUUUGUCAUCCAUGGCGCUAGCCAUUGCCUCUCCUGCAUUGACAAGCUUCCCGACAAGAGAAUUUCAUCGAAGGAUUUUCCCAUCUGGAAAAUUAACAACUUGCUUACCUGGGAGGUCCCUCCUUGCGAAUGCAACAAAAGGGGUGUCAAGCGUUUGUCAACCACUUCCUCCGGAUAGGCCCUUGUGGUUUCCAGGCAGCUCACCUCCUGAAUGGCUCGAUGGCAGUCUCCCUGGCGAUUUUGGCUUCGACCCACUUGGAUUAGGAUCUGAUCCAGAGACACUUAAAUGGUUUGCCCAAGCUGAGCUAAUGCAUGGCAGAUGGGCAAUGCUGGCAGCGGCUGGAAUUCUGAUUCCAGAAUGUCUUGAAAGAUUAGGCUAUGUUAAGAACUUCUCAUGGUAUGAUGCUGGUACUAGAGAAUACUUUGCAGACCAAACAACCUUAUUUGUUGUGCAGAUGGCCUUGAUGGGUUGGGUGGAAGGCAGAAGAUGGGCGGAUAUGCUUAAUCCAGGGUGUGUUGACAUUGAGCCUAAAUUACCACAUAAGAAGAACCCAAAGCCGGAUGUUGGUUACCCUGGUGGCCUGUGGUUUGACCCCAUCAUGUGGGGGAGAGGGUCCCCUGAGCCUGUGAUGGUGUUGAGGACCAAGGAGAUCAAGAACGGGCGUCUUGCUAUGCUUGCUUUUGUAGGUUUCUUGUUCCAAGCCAUUUAUACAGGGGAAGACCCUAUUGAGAACUUGAUGGCUCACAUUGCAGAUCCUGGUCACUGCAACAUUUUUUCGGCUUUCACAUCACACUGAAGGAGGGAAAUUGAGAACCAGUUUAUGGAAGACAUGAAAAAUGUGGCAGCACCAACAGCUAGGCAUGCAGUUCCUCUGUAACUCUUGUAAUCUCAUUUCCUAUUUGUUGUCAGAAGUAAGCAAUUGUACAUAUAAGCCGAGAAAACAUUUGAAGAAAAAAUGAAAAAUCA